AGCGGUUUGCUCUCUGAGGAAGUCAUUCAUUCGCAGUUCUAGAGUAAAUGCUGGUUGUGUUUCGAAACCUGCUGAGCUGCCUACCUAGACAGCAUUUGGGACCUUCCGAGUCAGCUCAGCGCUGAUCCACUUUGAUAACUAAACUGAAUCGAGCUGCGAGUGAAGAGCAGAAAGACCGUCUAGCUAAGAAGUCUACUAGAUUUUAAGACGCAGUCAGACACUGUUUGCCUAAGGGGAGUUCCCAAAUGACUCGUGUAAACUAAAUAUGCCUUGACAGUUAUUUCUACUAUUAUAUGCAAUUCCAGCGAUAUGUUUGUACAAACCGCACACUGAUCACGAGUUGCAGGCAGUGAAAACAGGAUCCGGUCUCCUCAUACGAGAGUCGACUGGACUCGGCGAUUGUUGUCAUAUCAUUAAUGUGUUAAUCUUCUAGGAGAGAAAUAUGUUGUCAUUCGAGGAAGCUAAAGCGAGGUUAGAAAAUGCAGGACAGAGCCACGUUUUACAGUUUUGGGCUGAACUUUCUGCGGAAGAAAGGGGUACAAUUCUGGAGGAGAUAUCUCAACUGCAGCCCGAAGAGUUACUCGAGCAUUGCCGAGCAGCUGCAGCGGCUGCAAGCCGACACUCGAGUGCUGAUGGUCGGCUAGACGAGCGGAUGGAGCCCGUUCCUCCAGAGUUCAUUGGAAGUGUGCGUAAAAGUAACAAAGAAACACUUCAGAUGUGGGGUGAUGAAGGGUUAUUGCAGAUUUCACGGGGUAGAGUGGCUGUAUUGCUGUUAGCUGGUGGUCAGGGGACUCGACUUGGUGUGUCAUAUCCCAAGGGCAUGUACAAUGUUGGACUUCCAAGCAGGAAAACCAUGUACCAGAUCCAGGCAGAGCGUAUCCAGAAGGUGCAAGACCUGGCCAAAAUGAAGCAUGGUUGUAAAUGCACAAUACCAUGGUACAUAAUGACUAGUGAAUUCACCCUGGGACCCACAGAGAAGUUCUUCAAAGACAAUGAAUAUUUUGGUCUUUGUCCAUCCAAUGUGGUCAUGUUUGAGCAAAGGAUGAUACCAGCAGUAGGCUUUGAUGGAAAGGUCAUCCUGGAGAAGAAAAACAAAAUAGCAAUGGCACCAGAUGGAAAUGGUGGUCUCUAUCGUGCCAUAGUGGACAACAAGAUUUUAGAGGACAUGGAGAGAAGGGGUGUGGAGUAUCUUCAUGUGUACUGUGUGGACAACAUCUUGGUGAAGAUGGCAGACCCAGUCUUUAUUGGCUUUUGUGUAAACAAAGGAGCAGACUGUGGUGCCAAGGUGGUUGAUAAGGCCUAUCCUGCAGAGCCUGUUGGAGUGGUAUGUCGUGUGGAUGGUUUGUAUCAGGUGAUCGAGUACAGUGAGAUCCAACCAGAGACCUCAGAGCUGCGAGGCCCAGAAGGAGAGCUUCUGUUCAGUGCUGGAAACAUCUGCAACCACUUUUUUACUCGAGGCUUCUUAAAGGAAGUGGCUGAAAAGUUUGAGAGUCAGCUGAAGCAGCAUGUGGCAAUCAAAAAAGUGCCAUUUGUGGAUGGAGAGGGAAACCUGGUGAAACCAACCAAACCCAAUGGCAUCAAAAUGGAGAAAUUUGUCUUUGACGUCUUUCAGUUCUCAAAGAAAUUUGUCGCCUUUGAGGUGUUGAGAGAGGAGGAAUUCUCACCCCUUAAAAAUGCUGAUGGGGCGCCUCUGGACACGCCAACUACAGCACGCCGAUCCUUGUUAGCGCAACAUUACCGCUGGGCUCUGGCAGCUGGUGCAAACUUCCUGGAUGAGCAAGAUAAACCCAUCCCCCCAAAACAUAGUAUGGCACAGAAUGAAGACCCACCAGCAAUUUGUGAAAUCUCUCCACUUGUAUCAUAUUUUGGCGAGGGUCUGGAACAUCUGCUGAAACAGAAGAACUUGAAGUCCCCUUUUCUACUUGAUGAGAAUGAAGCAAAGAACCUUGUGCAAACUACAUAGUGUUUUCAAAUUACAGCUGGAGACAAAUUUUGUCAGGAAAUCAAAGGGAUGUUUACAAAUUCAAAAUAAAUAAAUAAAAAUUACAAUUAUUUAAAA